AUGAUUCCUAUGCCAGUGCCGCAGUUUGUACCGUUACAGCAGCAGCAGCAUGUCCCGUUUUCUACGAUGAUGAUCAUGUCUCCUCCUCCUGUCGCCGUCAUGCCCAUUUCGUUUCCGCCUUCGCUGCCGUUGACAAUGUCCAUCUUGCCACCUGGAGCUCCUUUGGCAACCUCAAUUCCGCCGAGCAAAGGCUUCAAAGUUGUUUACUUUGGGUACGCGGCCACUGAAAGCCGUCAGCCUUGGUGCGCAAUCCACGCCUCCUGGGUGAACAUCGUGCCCAGUCGCGACGGGCUAUUGGCGGCCGUUGCGUCGUGGACUGGACUUCAUGGCCUGGCGAUCCGGCAUGCUGGGGGCAGGAUCGACGCCGGGAAGGUGAAGCUGUACGUGAUGCCGAGGGACAGUUCGGGCAGAGACGGGGGCUUGUACGGGUUGCAGAUCGUGCCGGGGGAAGGGCUGGUGCUGCCGGCGGAUGUUGUGAAAGUGGUGACGCUGGAUGUUGAUGAGAGGAUCUGGGAGGAGGCUGUGAGGGAUGUUAGGAGGGAGGGCUAUGAGGCGCUUGUUGCGGUGGAUAUGAGCGUGAGUGCUCCUGAUGGUGGUGGUGGUGAUGCAACUCCAGCUCCUGAUACUGCUGUUACUGCUGCUGCUGCAACAACGACAGGCUGA